AUGUACAAGUACUUGCAAGAGGACAAUGGCCAGUCCCAGCUGAGUGCGUUUCAGCUCAGUCUCUGUUUUGCGCCGCAUUCCAGGCCAACAGGCUACCUCUCAUCUCGCCUGUCCAUCUCCAUUGCCUGGUCAUCACUGCGUGCGCCAUCGAUGACGCCCAUCACCACCCGAUCGACGUAUCCGUCCCUCUCAACCCUUGACCACCCCGUCACCAUGUCCCCACAGAAAAAGUCAAGUGCCAAAGAGCCUGCAAGUUCUGUCGGAAAAGUCACACUACAUGUGAAGACACGCGACCGUGUCAGCGAUGACAUUGCACAACUCUGCCUUCAAGAUGAGGCUGACCAACUGCAACAACAAGCUCAGCAGCAGGCCCAGCAGCAACUAGCAGCCGCGGCAGCGAGUGGGCAGAUGGGCAGUAGCGGCUCGCGACCGAUUGUGCCCAGCAAGCGGCGCGGAUUCUCCACAUCAAGCUACGACGAGGACCGUCCCGAAGACCGUGCAGCCCUCGCAGCGGCAACACAAGAGUAUGUCAACGGCGUCGCUGGGCCAGGACCAAACUCGACUCCGAGUCCCGUGCGUGGGACAGACUUGAUCUCCAACGUGCCCUUGCCCCAAAUCUCGCCUCAAGACCAGUUCCGCCCACUCGGCGGGUUUGCAGACGAGAUGCAACAGGCCCACAUGGCCGCUGCAGCAGCUGCAGCGUCAGGCGGUUCCGUGCCGCAGUGGUAUGACCCGAGCUCGUUCCAACACGCGCUGGAGAAGAUGGACACGCCAUCAAUACCGGGCCACACAGGCCGGUCGGGUACCACGGGUGCUACACCUGACUUUUCUUGGAGUGCGCUCGUCGAGGGCAUGCUGUCAGAGCCGGGUCCGCAGACUCCAGGCGAGUUUGCUUGGCUCCAGAACCAGACAAAUGGCAGCGGAGGGACACCGUCCUCUUCCCUCAUGCCCCACCAGCAACAGGGCAGCACGCCUGGAAACGCAAACCAGACAACAUCCAGCAACAGCAACAUGUCGCCCUCGGCGCAACGAGAGUUUAGGCCAGAAAUGUCUCUCUCCCCGGGCUCGGGUAUGCCAGGACCCGACGACCCCGUCGAGCCGUUCAAUUACACCUUUUCCUACUCGCGUCUGCGGUCAUUUGCCAACGAGCUCGGCAACGCCGAGUUCCAGCGCCGAGUCUCGACGGCCACGGAGCGGUUCAAGCCCAUCCUCCACGGUUGCCUGUCGACCUACACGGACGAACAGAUUGUGCAGUCUGAAGUCCAGUUCCUGACCUACGUGCGCAAUUGGCAGGCAUUCUGCGAAACCAUCCCCGUGCCCGCGUGCGUGUGGAGGAGGACAGGCGAGAUUUACGCUGCCAACCGCCGUUUUGUCCACAUGCUCGACUUGCAACCCGACGUCAUUAGGCGGGGGCGUCUGGCAACAUACAUGAUCCUCGACCCGCCGUCGUUUAUGGACUACUGGGAAGAAUAUGCAUCGCAGGUCCUCGCCAACCUCUCCGACCGGAACAACUUCGACACGGUCCUACAAGUGGGCUUUGCCAAGCGCGGCUACUCGGCCAAGACGCACCUGCUCAGCUCAUCGAUGCAGUUUGACAGCUUCGGCCUCCCCAUGGCCGCGACAGGGCUGUUCACCGCCCUCCAACCCCUCCCCACCGGUCCCGGCUCCAACCAGGCCACCACGAGCACGAACGCGGCCACCACUACCGCGUCCGGCCCCGAUAGCGGCGGCCCUGGCGCCAGCGUCCCACGCCUAUCGGUCUCGGCGGGCUCUGGCGAGCCCACGAUUGAUGUGCAGGUAGGUGGCACAUCAAGCAACCCUAUCUACCGUCCUGUCGCCCUGUCCUCUCUUGCCAAAAUGUGGAUCAUGUGA